CACCCUCGUCGUUCCAAAUGGAUACCAGCACCAAUGAGGGCGUCAAGCCCUACCCUCCCAACGAGUAUAUUCAGACCUCCCACACACUCAAUCGCGUCUCUCGCAAAGCCGUCCUCCACGGCACAUCCAACAUCGUCCUGGGCGGCAAGUGUAUCAUCCACAGUGGCGCCAUGGUUCGCGGAGACCUCAAACGCGCAGCCUCUGGCUCGACGAUCGCCAUCAGCACAGGCAGAUAUUGCGUCGUGGGGGAGGGAACAGUACUCAGGCCGCCGUACAAGACGUACAAGGGCACCUUCUCCUACUAUCCUGUCAAGCUAGGCGACUUUGUGCACAUAGGAAGCUCCUCCGUCCUCCAAGCCACCUCGGUAGGCUCACACAUAGACAUAGGCCGGGAUUGCAUCAUCGGCCGUUUCGUCACGGUCAAAGACUGUGUACGAAUCUGCGACGGGAGCGUCGUCGCUCCUUAUACAACGAUACCUUCGGGCCAGGUCUGGGCGGGAAACCCAGCCAAGAAGGUGGGGUCGUUGCCGGAGACGUGGGCCGAGUUGCACGAGGCAAGAGGGAGGGACUACUAUGGACGAUUCAGGCCGGCUACGCUUAGUUGA